UUUCAAAAUGACAUAGUGUUAAAUAUUUUUGAAAAAUCUUAAGUUAAACAAAAAAAGGACUCAUAAUUUUUUGUCCCUUGAAUUACCAGAUUCACAGCUGGGAACACUGUAAAACUCUUCUUUUCGGUGAUAUUCCCGUCGGAGAAGAUGAUCGUUUGCGUCGCCGUCGUCGGUCACCAGAACAAUCCGCUUUAUAUACAGAGCUUCACUGAAGCGGAUGAUGCCCUAAAGCUUCAUCACAUUGUUCAUUGCUCCCUUGAUGUUGUCGAUGAAAGAGAAUUGGUUUUAGGCCACCAAUCUUCUUGGGCCGCCCCUGAGUACCAGAGUCCACUUAACAUAGCCUUUUGGGAAUAUAUAAGAUCAUUGACAUUAAGCCUGUCUUCCUCCGUGUGCUAUUAUAUAUCUUUCAGGUAUGGUUAUUUGACUAAUACAAAGGUGAAACUCAUAUUGGUCACAACAGAUCUUGAUGUUCGAGAUGCAGAUGUGAGAAAUUUUUUCAGGAAAUUUCAUGCCGCAUAUGUUGAUGCUGUGUCAAAUCCAUUUCAUGUUCCUGGCAAGAAGAUAACAUCCAGAACUUUUGCUGAAAGGGUUAGCACUAUCGUCAAGUCUUUUGGUUUGAGUUCAGCAGGUUGAAUGACUGCUCUCAGAGUCAUUUUGCAAGGCACUCCAGUGUACCUCUUCCCCAAGCCGAUGGAGAAAGUAAGGGUGAAGAGCAUGUUUGUGCAAACUCAUCUACUUCAUUGCAUAUAGACUUCGAAGUUUAUUUGAACAUCUUGAGGUACUGAAGGAUAUUUGUCAAAUUCGCUCCCUCGUGACAAUAACCAAAAUAGAUAUCAUGUGAAGUAGGUAGUUACUGAUUUUGUUGGGUCAUAUGUACUUGCUAGACAUAUGUGUUUGCUUUAAGUAAAAGAUAUUUUUCGUUUGGAAUUCUUUCAAGAAAUAAAAUGCAAAACAUGUUGCCCAUAA